AUGGCCAUCACCAUAAACAUGGACAUCACCAUGGCCAUCAUCACGGCCAUCACCACCAACAUGGUCACCAUCAUGGACAUCAUCAUGGACACCAUCAUGCCCAUCACCACGGCCAUCAUCAUCAUCAUGGUCAUCACCAUGGUCAUCACCACGGCCAUCACCAUGGACACCAUCAUGGGCAUCAUCACCAUCAUGGCCAUCAUCAUGGACACCAUCAUGGCCAUCAUCAUGAUCAUGGUCAUCAUCACGGACAUCACCAUGGACACCAUCAUGAUCAUGGUCAUCAUCACGGUCAUCACCAUGGACAUCACCAUGGUCAUCAUCAUGGUCAUCAUCAUGGCCACCAUCAUGGCCAUGAGCAUGGACACAAACAUGACCAUGAGCACGGACAUAAACAUGGCCAUGAGCACGGACAUAAACAUGGCCAUGAGCACGGUCACCACCAUGGACAUCAUCACGGUCACCACCAUGGACAUCAUCACGGUCACCACCAUGGACAUCAUCACGGUCACCACCAUGGACACCACCAUGGACAUCACCACGGACACCACCAUGGACAUCACCAUGGGCACCACCAUGGGCACCAUCAUGGACAUCACCACGGGCACCAUCACGGACACCACCACGGACACCACCACGGACAUCAUCAUGGGCAUCACCACGGGCACCAUCAUGGGCAUCAUAUGGAAGCCCAUCACAGUGAAGUUCACCAAGUUGAUGAAGGUGGACCUGAAGUUGUGCUUGCUUGCCCUAGUGGUAGGCGUGGCUUAUGCAGAAGCAUCGUGUUGCGUAUACUACCACUAUUAUCCUGUGCAUAUCAAAAAGAAGCAUGAAGAAAAAAAAGUCAUUGUACUAAAAGGUAAACAGGAACAUCACCACCACCAUCAUCAUCAUCACAAGCAUGGCCAUCAGCAUGGACACCAUCAUGACCACGGUCAUGAACACAAGCAUGAUCACGAUCAUCACCAUGGCCACCACCAUGACCAUAAACAUGGUCAUGGUCAUGAGCACAAACAUCAUCAUGGUCAUCAUCAUGAUCAUGAUCACGGACAUCAUCAUAAACAUGAACAUGGGCACGGACAUCAACAUGAUCAUGGACAUAGCCAUGAUCACAACCAUCACCAUAAACAUGGCCAUGAACACAAGCAUGGACAUCACCAUGGUCAUGAUCAUAGUCAUAAACAUGGUCAUGAUCACAAACAUGAUCACGAGCAUGGUCAUAAACAUCUCCAUGAAAAUAAGCACAAUCAUGAUCAUGAUCACCAUCAUGGCCACGAGCAUAAGCAUAGUCAUCACCACAGUCAUGAAAACGAACACCAUCACAAACAUGAGCAUGGACAUAAGCAUGGUCAUCAUCAUGAACAUGAGCACAAAGGACAUCAUAAUCACGAACAUCACCACGAAAACAAACAUGGCCAUCAUCAUAGUCAUAAGCAUGGACAUGGCCACAAGCACCAAAAUGAUCACAGUCAUCAUCAUAGUCAUGAUCAUGGACACCAUCACAAGGGGGAACACGACCACAGCCAUCAUCAUAAGCACCUAAAUGAGCACGGGCAUAAACACAGCCAUCACAGCGAGCACAAAAAUCAUCAUGAUCACCACCAUGAAAAUCACCAUGGGCAUGAACAUGGUCACCAUCAUGAGGAUCACCACGAUCACCAUCAUGGACAUAAACAUGGUCAUGACCAUCAUCAUGGACAUCAUCACAUUCUGGAGGGACACUCCAGUAUGCUCAAGCCACAGCUCCACGAUCUGUUUGGAUUCCAUUACUAG